AAGGGAUUUUUACAGCUCGCCUUACCUUUAACUAAAUUGACUAGGAAGGAUACGCCUUUUGUCUGGACUCUGGAAUGUGAAGAGAGUUUCCAAGCAUUGAAGUAUAGGUUGACUACUGCACCUGUAUUGGUAUUACCUGAACCAAGUGAAUCGUUUGAAGUGUACUGUAAUGCAUUAUCAGACAAUUUGAUUUUGAUAAUACAUUCUUAAAUGGGGCAUUAUCAGAAAAUGUUUAUAUGCAGCAGCCUAUUGGAUACAAUGAGGGACAACCAUACAAAGUUUGCAAGUUGCAUAGGGCCAUCUAUGGUCUCAAACAAGCCCCAAGGGCUUGGUAUCAUACUCUUGCCUCGACUUUGAGAACUCUUGGCUUUAGACACACAACUUCUGAUGUGGCAUUAUUUACAACGAAAACAAAUAAUUCUGAUGUCACUUACAUGUUAAUAUAUGUAGAUGACAUCAUUGUUACAGGCUUUAAUUCUAUGGCCAUAGACAGCCUAAUUAAACAAUUGAAUUGCAUUUUUUCAUUGAAAGAUCUUGGUUUGUUUCAUUUCUUUUUAGGCCUUGAAGCACAUUACUUACCUUAUCAAACACUGUUGCUUACUCAGACAAAGUAUGCGAAAGACUUAAUACAUCGUGCAGGGAUGGGUAAUUCAAAUCCUAUGCCUACACCUAUGAUGACAUCUUUGAAGCUAAGGAAGAGUGACUCAAACCCCUAUGAAGAUCCAAAAGGAUACAGGUCCAUAGUAGGGGCCUUACAGUAUCUCACAAUUACUCAACUGGAUCUUGCAUUCGCUGUGAAUAAAGUCUCACAAUUUAUGCAUUCUCCAACCAUUAAUCAUUGGAAAGCAGUCAAAUGGAUCCUUAGAUAUCUUUAAGGUACAAUUCAAGAAGGCUUAGUGUUUUCCAAAUGCACUGACUAUCGUAUUCUCUCCUUUGCAGAUUCUGAUUGGGCUUCAGACCUGGAUGAUCAGCGGUUGACUUCUGGUUACUGUAUCUAUCUAGGAACAAACCUAAAAGCUUGGAAGAGUGGCAAGCAGUCAAAGGUUAGCAGAUCUACCACAGAAGCAGAAUACAGGGCGAUAGCCUCAGCGCAAACGGAGAUCAUGAGCAUCCAUCAGCUAUUGGUAGAAAUAGGAGUCCAACAACAAAUUCUUCCAACAAUUUACUGUGAUAAUCAUAGCACCUAUAUGCUUGCUGCCAAUUCUGUACUGCAUAGCAGGUGCAAGCACUUAGAGAUGGAUUUACAUUUUAUCAGGGAUUUGGUCAAUGCUAAGCAGCUUUAUAUAGUCUAUAUAUCGGCUCUUGACCAAGUGGCAGAUUUAUUAACCAAACCACUCUCAAUAUCCCUUUUCACCAAAUUUAAGAGCAAACUUAGGAUAGGGACUUAUCCCUCCCUAAGUUUGAGAGGGGGGGAUGUUGAGGGUAAGCCCACAAAUAGAAACUAGUUUGUUAGAUCAGUUGGUUA